AUGCUUCAUUGGUCUGCUUCUCCUUUUCAGGAGCUCUAUUCUGCAAUUCAGCAGGAAGAUGUUGAAACACAGUUACAUUUGAUUAAUGACUUGCGUGAUGAUCUUGUGUCUUUACUCGUUCAUCCGUCUAAGAAUGCCAAUUCCCGAAGGCAACUUGAAUCUCAGCAUGUCAAAUUUGUUGAUGGUUCUGAAUACGAACUCAAUGAUGAGUUUUCUACCGCUGUAGCACGGCUUUCUGAUGAGCUUGAUCUCGACGAAAUUGCUGCCGCAGAAACACUAUACUAUGCCGCUGAGGGAGACUCUGGUAGACUCGGCGUUGCAUUUCUUGAUCUUGUUCGUGCUGCUUAUCACACUAGAAGGCUCUAUAUUCUUCAGAUUGUUGCUUAUUAUGUCUGCAUGACAUCAAGUAAUUCGUCUGAUACAGGUGACCACCUUCAGAAGGACAAUGACGCCAGUUCCCCACAUGUGCAUUUUCUAUCCAUUCUACCUGAAUCUUUUGACUUGGUUCCAUCAUUUAAGCAAAUUGAGACCGAACUCGAUUCUAUCUCACAGCUGGUUCAACGUUCUAGGAUUCUUGGUACCUAUGAGGCAGAACCCAGUUUGGCUAAGGCUAUGGCCUUUUGUCGCGAUUCUCUCUUUAGAGAGAUGCAGCUAUUAGGAGAGGUACUUUGGGGUCUCGCUAAGCCUAACAGUAAACCCGGUUUGACUCUUGGGUCGUUCCAAUCGCUUGUCGAUCACAUUCUCACUUUCCAACCUGAUGAUCUUUUCUGCCUUACGUUUCUCCCUGGACUCCUACGGCAUAUAUCUAAUUUAAGUAUAUCCUGGCCCGAUUCAGAUAUUAUAUUGUUGCAUGUCCAGGUCCUGAAAGAUACUUCUGAUUCCAAAAAAUUGGCCGAAUCACCCUUUAAGGCUUUGAUUAUCACCGCAUUCCUUACUAACUUCAUUUCCUGGUGCAAAAAAGAUCCCUCCAGGGUUAAGCAGUUUCCAUUUGAUUCUUCAGUUAGUGAUCCAAUCAAAAAAGCUAUCUCUGUCGGUGGUUCCAUGGAAAUGCUUCUUGGUAUUGCUGCUGAUACAUCCCUUGUUUCGACUGCAUUAUCCGAUCGCCGCGCUCUACCGUUCUACGAUUUCAGACCUUUUUUACAGCGGCAUAUUCCUAAACUCAAGCCCAUAAGGUUACUUGAUAUCAAUGAAGCGGCUACAAGCGAGCUUCGUAGGUCUCUUCAAAUCGUCGGCAAUUUGCCAGAUGAUGCUGAUUUGUCACCUGUUUAUUAUCACUGCAAAGAAUUUCCGCUAAACGAUCAUUUCAUUUCAUUUCUUGCUCCGAUUCUUAGUUCGUUUGCACUUAAUUUUGUUGCAAAUGCUGCGUUUGUACUUUCUGAUUUGAGGGAUACGGAAGAGGAUCUUUUACUUUCAUCUGAAGAGCUUGAUUUGGACGCUAUGGCUGAAAAUGCCGACUUGGAACGUUUUUAUGUUGCGAUGUUCUACAUUUAUUUAGAGAGACCUCAGCUAGCUGCCUUAUUCUGGGCAGACAAAUCAUCAUCUGCCUAUGGUUUCCUUCAAUGGGCUUCCCGAUGUAACAGUCCGCUAAUUAUCUCCACUUUCUGCCUCUUUCUAUCAUCUUUGGCGUCCGGCAAAGAUAAUGCUGUCAACACUUUCAACUUCCUACAAAUUACCAAUGAUAAAUCAUCUGUUACACUUUCAACUACUUCCACUUCUUCAAUUAUGGGCAAGUUCUCCUCUGUUAGUUGGUCCACCAUUUAUUCCUCUUUAGCAUAUUAUAAUAAGGUAUUGAGUGGUGGUUCCAAGGAAACCUCUUCUACCACAGCAAUAACUGAAGUGGGUUCCUUUUCUUCGCUUGUUCCCCAACUUGGUGAUGAUUCCAUCAUAUAUAUUUCCGGUUUCUUCCAAGUGUUAAGCGAAGUGGCGCGUAAUAGUGAGCAAGCGAGAUCUGGACUUUUAUUGAGUGAUGAUUACCAACUUCUCAGAAUUCUUACGGAUUUCCUCAAUAACUCCACGCCUCUUGGUGGUGCUGCAAUGGUUGUGCUUAGCUCCCUCGUCGGUGGAUCGAUCAAGGAUAGGCGUAGAGUAUGGCAAUUACUCGACAAUUGGCUUUUCCGAAACCAGAUUAGGGGAAGACAUCCAAAUAGACGACCACAAGAUGUUAUCCGUUCCAAUCUCACCUCUUAUUCUCUUGUUAUGGGCUUUGCCACUUUGAUAGACGAAUUGUUGAAGCCAGUGAGCGAUUCAAAGGCUUUAUUUGAUCCUUAUGAAUUGUAUUUUCCACUGGAUCUCGGCUCUAGAAUACGCAGGCCGGGCAUUUGGGCGUAUCUUGAUGCUCUCUCCACUGAUAUUUUUGUGCAAGUAAUGCAUUCCGAUAUGGAUGCUGACAAAAAGGUUUCUUUACAAUUAGCAAUUGUUGAGUUAUGGGAGCAUUGUCUUAGCCAGUUGGAUCCCAAUCUUGUCCUUAACGCUGCUGCCGCUCAUCUCAAAGAUCUUGACAAUAUAUGUGCCAAUCAUAGCAUCAUUCAAUAUCUCCAGGCUCAGCAGGGUUCAGCCGUUAUGUGCUUUUUAUACAGACCCAAGGUCCACAACUCGCUUUUUGAACUUGCCAGUCUUGGUCUCGAUGCUGUUAAUGAACUUGCUGAAUCAUCGAAGAAAGUCUUGCUUGUCCAAAAGUCCCUCAAUCUUAUAUCCAUGGUCCUUGAUAGGCAACUUUUUUUCGCUGAUGAGCUUCUGCCUAUUCUCAGAUUAUCCGAUAAUCGUUUCUGUCUACCUUCUGACGUUGAGACGUGUGGCAUAAGAUCCUUCUACGAUUCAUUGUUACUCAAACUUCCCUUUGUAUCACAUAUUGCGCUUUAUGUGUCAUCCUCCAAAUGUGACCUUGCCAUCACGGCUCUCCAGUUGCUCAAGAAGAUUGCUUGUUCUCCAGCAUUCAAUGGUCUCGAUUCGCAAGCGUCCUACAACUUAUUAAGUAAGAACAGACUUCUUACUAUGCUUGAAACCGUUGAUGAAUCAAAACGAAUUAGAUUCUCCUUCUUAGAGCAGUUUGAGGCUCCAAUUUCUGAUGCUCAAUCUGUAGGUCUCAAAAUUGAUAUACUUAGGUUUCUCAAUAGUAACCUUAUCCCUGGAUCAUCUAGACCUUCCAUCACUCACUUCCUUCUUGGUUUUGAUACCAGAAGGAUGAACCUAGGUGAUAAGAAUGAGGAUGGUACCGUCUUGUCAUCAAAGUCUUUGCUUAAAACUCUUCUCUUUGUACUCAGAGACACGGCAACUCUUAUGGGGGAUGCUUCCAAUAUUGAUUUUGCACCUUCACAAAUGUGCUCUCUCACUUUAGAGCUCAUUCUUAAACUCUGUGACUCUGAGAUCUUUGGAAAUCAGGUGUUGGAAUUUAUGCGUUCCGGUCUUGGUCCUAACAUCAAUCUUGUCGCCGAUCUGAUGGUAAGCGCCAAAAAGGUGUAUGGGGAUACCUAUUUUUCUGGAAAGCAGUUCAACCCCGACUUUCGAAUUGGAAACCGUUUUGUUGCAGAAGGAGACUCUACUGCUGCCUUCAUUGCAUUUACGGCGUAUCGUAGCAGACUUUUGCAAUUGGUUGCGUUGGAGUUGCAUUCAGUUUCAGAAUCCGGUUGCCUUUCCCUUACUUCUAGAUAUACGGAUUUGCUUAUCAAUUCUGGUUCUUUGGCUACAGGGUCUCCUAAAAUUUUGGAGUUACUUGAUCUGGUUGAGUUUAAGCCUCACAACAUGAUUGAAAAGGUUGAUCAACUUUUCGCAGGGUUUGAUUUUCGAUACGUGUUGCAAAGAAUUCGGCUAAAAUCAGAGCCUGGCAGUUCAACAGAGUCUGUUUAUGAUUUGACAGUCGUUGAUGAUCUGAUCAGCCUCUUUGGUAAGGAGUCCCAAGCUUUAAAUGUGUUGCAUCGUUCUGAAGUGAGUAGUAAUCUUGCACUAUUCGAUCGAGAACGAUCACGAUUACGCUAUAUUAUUUCUUGUACUGUGUCGUUUGAUAACUUGAGGGUUCAGCAAUUGGAGUAUAUACACUCUUGGGUGAUGUUGACUCAGGUGAUUGUUUCUGAUGGUAAAAUUGAUUCCUCUCGCAGGAACAAUGUCAUUCUUGAGGUGUUCCAGUACGUUAUUCCAAAGAUCGUUGAUUACUUGAAGCAUGAGGCCAUGUAUGCUGAAGAUCUAGUGUCCCUGUGUGUGUCGUUGCUAAGAGUGUACGUCAGUAGUAAAGUGGCCGAUAUGUCGUUGGACUCGAUUGCUUCUCUUGCAUUUGCUGCUCUUACGGGUAUUCUGACUCCUCAAUCAACGCCAUCGCUUCGAUCAAACUUUUACGUCUUGGUGACAUCUUACAUUCAGCAAGCAUCGACCUCUAAGUCUGCACUGACUGAGCUACUCAUUUACAUUCGUUCUAUUGAUCAGCGCUUCUUUCACGUGGUUUGUAACGAUUCAUUAGUUGCAGAAGGUCCAUGCCGUGUGGCUGCUUUGUUCUUGCUUGAAUGUCUUGUGAAGGCAGCUACCCAGCUUCAAGGAUCAUCUCUUGACAGGAAUUUUAUUAUGGGCAUUCUUUGCAAAAGCAACUACCUUUACCUUCUUGUUCAGAAGCUCAAAUCGACGGAUGCCAUAUUUUGCGAAUGUCUAGUCGAUGAAACCUCUAAUAAAAAGCGGUCUGUUGAUCUUCAGACACUUCUUUAUGAGCUCACUACGUCCAAAACAUCGUUGUAUCUUUUGAUUCGUAUCGCUCAGACACGAUUUGGGGCUCAACAGCUUCUUAACUGCGAUCUAUUUACUGUUAUCAAAGAUUGUCAUUUCCUUACUUUUGACCCAGAUUUAGGUUUCCAAUUGGCAUUGGAGGAACAGCCAUGCCAGAAGUAUUUGCAGUCCGAGCGAACUUCGGUACAGCCAGAACAUCAAAUAUCCCAAUCGUCGUCGUCCCAACCAUCUGUGACCGAUUCUGCUUUCAGUAACGGCUCUCAGUCUGUUCGCCCUAUUCGUCUCCGGAUGUCUCUAGAUACUCCAUUGUCCCUCAAUGAACCCGACUCAGGUAGUUCUCGUUUGUUUUCUACCACAACCAUCUCAUACUACGAUAUUUUUGUGCCUGUCUUUCGCCUUGUCACUGCCGUGGUAAUCUCCCUGGGUCCCCAGAAUGAAACAAGUAUCAAGCAGGCCUCGGAUCUCGAAAAACACUUUUCAAAGCUCAUCACAGCCGUUCUCAAACGGCAGAUUGUGAUCGAGGAGAGAAAUAUAGAUGAAGUUGAUGCUAACAAGAGCAGUAUCCUCGGAGAAGACUCUGCAAAUCUCGUGAAUGUCCGUGGCAGUGUGAAAGAGUUGGCAAGCUUGUUUAUACUGCUUGACUCGUUGGUGUUAUAA